UUUUCUUUUUUUUUGUGUGUGCUAACGCUGGCUUUGUUCCCCUUUCCCUUUUCGUCGACACAGCCAAAGCUCAGAGUGUGGAAGCAGAGCUCCUCAGCAUCCACCGUGAAGAAGCGAGUCAACUGAAGAAGCUCAUCGCCCAGAAGGAGGAUGAUUUGCACAGAACUGUUCAGAAAUAUGAACAAGUUUUACAGAGUCGAGAGGAGGAGAUGGGAGACCGAGUGUGGCAGGUCCAGAAAGAACUGGAGGAGCUGCAAGGAAGGUGCCAGGGCACUACUGAGAUGACCUCAGAAGAACUUCAGGCUCAGCUGGCCGAGAAGACGACUCUGCUGAGCGAGGCUCGGCUGAAGGAGCAGGGCUUUGUGGAGAGAAUUCGCUCGCUUGAGGACAAGAUUAAAUGUUUCCACCGGAGCACCGUUGUAACUCAUCUGGGGAGUACUUUCAAAGGUAAUGUUGACGCUGUGAAUCACUUAGUUCUGCUUCUAGAGCCUAUUUCCUUUUUUUUAGAUGAGCAAAGCAAAGAUGCCGUACAGAAUGCUUUAACACAACACGAUACCAUGGGACACUUAAAAACUCCUCUACAUACUCCUAUAGCACAUCUAG